AGCACAAGCAGGAGAAGCGGGAGGGAGAGGGAGAAGCUAGCUCUCCACCGAGCAGGGAGCCCGAUGUGGAGCGGGAUCCCAGGACCCUGGGAGCAUGACCUGAGGCGAAGGCAGACCCUUAACCGAUGGAGCCGCCCAGGCGGCCUGCACAGCCUCAUUUUUAAGGUGCCCCCCCCAAACCCUUGCCCCGGACUGCCCGGGGCCGCCUCUCCGCGCCGGUCACCCUCAGUCUACGUGGCUCAUAAGCAGUGCGCACGCGGGGGACGAAGCUGUCAGCAACUUCCGGGCGCUGGUGGGUUUGGGCAGGGCAGGAACUUGUCCAGUGGGUGGGAGCCGACACCCCUCUCUGGCUCCUCGGCUUGGCUCGGGUAUCCAUCUCCGGAGGCAGGUCCAGGAGGUGGGGAGGCGUCCGGCCGGAGUCCGGAGGAGCCGCUGAGGACCGCGCUCGCCCAGCCCACGAGUCUCGCUCAGCCCCGGCCUGGGGCUAGCGGCGCCCCGCCCCGCGCACUCGCUGUCGCGAGUCAGCGGGACGGCGCGGGCAUUCAUGUGACCGGGGGGCGGCGCCGAGCGGGCGGGGGAGAAGCAAACUGCGGGAUCUGCGGCGGCGGAAGCACGGCCAUGGCCGCACUGUACGGGGGUGUGGAGGGGGGAGGCUCACGAUCCAAGGUCCUUUUACUCUCAGAGGAUGGGCAGAUCCUGGCAGAAGCAGAUGGACUCAGCACAAACCACUGGCUAAUCGGGACAGACAAGUGUGUGGAGAGGAUCAACGAGAUGGUGAACAGGGCCAAACUGGAAGCAGGGGUGGAUCCUCUGGUCCCUCUACGAAGCUUGGGCCUGUCCCUGAGCGGUGGGGUGCAGGAGGAAGCACUGAGGAUCCUGACGGAGUUGCUGAGGGACCGAUUUCCCCACCUGAGUGAAAGCUACUUAAUCACCACCGACGCCGCGGGCUCCAUCGCCACAGCAACACAGGAUGGUGGGAUCGUGCUCAUCUCUGGGACAGGUUCCAACUGCAGGCUCAUCAACCCUGACGGCUCUGAGAGCGGCUGUGGCGGCUGGGGCCACAUGAUGGGGGACGAGGGCUCAGCCUACUGGAUCGCACACCGAGCAGUGAAAAUAGUGUUCGACUCUAUUGACAACCUAGAGGCGGCUCCUCAUGACAUUGGCUACAUCAAACAGGCGAUGUUCAACUACUUCCAGGUGCCAGAUCGGCUAGGAAUCCUCACCCACCUGUAUAGGGACUUUGAUAAAUGCCGGUUUGCUGGGUUUUGCCAGAAAAUUGCAGAAGGUGCCCAGCAGGGAGAUGCCCUCUCCCGGUUUAUCUUCAGGAAGGCUGGGGAGAUGCUGGGCAGACACGUGGUGGCAGUGUUGCCUGAGAUUGACCCGGUCUUGUUCCAGGGGGAGAUGGGCCUCCCCAUCCUGUGUGUGGGCUCUGUGUGGAAGAGCUGGGAGCUGCUGAGGGAAGGUUUCCUUCUGGCGCUGACCCAGGGCCGAGAGAUCCAGGCCCAGAACUCCUUCUCCAGCUUCACCCUGAUAAAGCUGCAACACUCCUCUGCCCUAGGUGGGGCCAGCCUCGGGGCCAGGCACAUCGGGCACCUCCUCCCCAUGGACUACUCUGCCAAUGCCGUUGCCUUCUACUCCUACACCUUCUCUUAGGGGGCUGGCCCUGGCUCCACCCCUCCAAGCCCAGUGGACAUUGGGUGCUGGAAAGGAGGCUUUUUUCCUUUUUUUUUCUUUUUAAAGAAAAACACAUCUGAAAGAAAAUAAAUGCACUUCAUCCAC